GUUGAUUUUCCCAGAGUAAAGACUUGGGAAGUAGAUGUUGAAUAUUGCAAGACCGUAUUUUAUCAAUAGUCUCCGGUUGAACUUGAAAAGAAACGUGAGUAAAGCAUUUUAUUCUGGUGUAAAUAGAACUGAUCGAAAAUUAAUAAUGAGAGAAAACGAUUUUAGUCCCCCAAUUAACCGCUCUAUGAGAGAGUUAGACCGUUCUUUUUUCCAUAAGAAGGUUAAUUUGUUGGUGGCAUAUUUCCCCAAUCCAAAAUACAUUGGAGACUUUGUUCGUAAUUGUCAACCUGAUAUACUAAAUAUUCCAUCGGUGAAGCAUAUAGUGCCAGUGGAAGACUCUAAAGGUGUUUUAUUAAGGAAGGAACUCAAUGAUCUCGAUACUUAUGAAGAAAAAGUAUCAUCCAUGACCAAAGAAAAGAUAAAUGAAUACAGCAUCCAGAUAAAGCCUUAUGUCAUGACUUUGAAUUAUGAUUUUUGGAAAGCCGAUGAUAUCCUUGGAGCCGUUCUACCAAAAAACCUACUUGACGAAGUACCAACAGGAUAUGCACAGGCAGGGCAUGUCGCUCAUCUUAACUUAAGAGAGGAGUUCAAACCGUACGGUUCAUUGAUUGGUCAAGUUAUUCUCGAUAAAAACACCCAAGUCCAAACGGUUGUUGAUAAAGUGGGCAGUAUUCAUACUAAAUUCAGAACUUUUGAUAUGAAAGUAUUAGCCGGUAAGAAUGACUUCAUGGUUGAGCAAAAUGAAAGUGGUUGUAAAUUCAGAUUUGAUUUCAGUAAAGUUUAUUGGAACUCCAGAUUGAGUACUGAGCAUGACCGUUUAGUCAACCAAUUCAAAACCAAAGAGGCAGUGGCCGACGUCUUUGCUGGUGUUGGUCCUUUUGCAGUACCAGCAGGUAAGAAGGGUGUCUUGGUGUUGGCUAACGAUUUAAAUCCAGAAUCCUAUGCUUCUUUAAAAGAAAAUAUAACUUUGAAUAAGACUGAUGAUUGUGUCAAGGCUUUUAACUUCGAUGGACGUGAAUUCAUCCGUAAAUCACCACAGUUAUUAUUAGACUGGCACAACUCUACAAAGUCAAUUGAAAGAACUAAGGUUGUCAAACGUCGUAAAAUUGAUCCUGAAACUAAUGAAAAAAUAAGCGUAAGGGAUACCCAACACACUCAUAUAGACAUUCCUCAAUUCUUUACUGACUAUGUUAUGAAUUUACCCGACUCGGCUUUAACCUUCCUUGAUGAAUUUGUUGGCUUAUAUUCAGAGGUUGGUGAAUCAAUCAAGUCAGUUCCUGGUUUCAAAUUACCUAAAAUCAACGUUCAUUGUUUCGAAAAAUUCUCUAUAGAUGAAAAACCUACACCAUCAGAAGAGGAACUACAUAAGAGAAUACAUGCUAGAAUAGUCAAGUUGAUAGAUUAUGAUCUUCCUUUUGAUGAUUGCAAAUUCCAUUUGGUAAGGAGUGUUGCUCCAACUAAACCUAUGUUCUGCGUGACCUUCACUUUACCCGAAGAAGUCGCUUUCAAAGAGAGAUCCCACUAAUUGUAUAUAGCUAAUAGAAACCGUUCAUUGCGUAUUAAUU